AUGUCGAGACGCCCCGCGCGAUCCAUAACGAGCGCCGGCAGCGAGUCCAUUCGGAGUAUCCCCCAACGAUCGUCUCCCCGAGGAGAGCGCUCCGGCUCGAACCCUGCAUCUUACCUUGGAGACAAUGAUGAUACCGCACUGCCGUCAAUGGAAUUCCAAUCCCAACCCUCCAUUGCCCAUCGCCGAACGGGGAGUACCUUGAAAACGGUCAUGCGCAAGAUCUUCAACCGCAAAAGGCAAAGUCAGCCUGAUGAACUGGAAGAGAGCCCAUAUGAAUCUGCCUUUGUGAUACCACCGAUGCGGAGAGCCGGACCACUGAAAGGAAGAUCAUUCCUGACUGGUCCGCCUCCUCUGGACUUGAACUCACACCGGAGCAGUCCACUCUCGGCGGAGAACCUCCAGCUGGCGGAAACACAUCUGUCUCCGCUUCUGUCUCCAUUCUCUUCUGCCACCCUGCGGGAUUCAAUGCCGGGUAGCAUACAACCGCGUCGAAGACGUGCAACGCUUCCCAGCGUGAUUUUUUCAGACGAUGAAUCUCGAUUUGCCGUGGCGUCAAUAGCAGUAUCCGAUCCGCAAGAGGAGAGGGGUCAUUUCUCAGAGCGAAGGCAUAGCUUACUCUCUGAUCGCCUAUCAAGGAAUACAGAUGUACUGCGCGAAAUGACAGAUGACAUGCCAGAGGUCAUGGCCUCUUGGCCACAACGCACAUCAACCGCCCCUUGGCCAGCCUCGGUUCUUGGCACGCGUUCCCCGCCAUUAGAUGGAAGCUCUGAUAGUGGGCAGUCGAGGAGGCCCUCGUCGGGAACAACAGUAACGAGUGUGACCCGAAUGUCCGCCGCACCAUCGUUGAUGGAGGUCGACCAGCAUACAGAACAACCCAGUCUCCCGUCAAACGUCGCAAGUCUAAUUAACUCAAUGCAGCAAGAUGACAGUGUCACCCUAGAACAGCGGUUGACAACGCUAGAAGUGAAACUGAUUGACUUGGAAUUCGCCAUUGCGCGAAUGCAAACCAACUGCCCCGAACCCCCGACUGAAAAACUAUCCCGCCCGCGCCAUCCCCCUUCAGCAGACUUCUUCCCCCCUCACAUGCGCAACAAACCCGCCGCAUUCCGAUCCUGUGACCGCGAUGUUUCCUCAAGCCCCCUCCCAAACAUCACCACCCGUCCCUCCAGCACGAGCACGAUCCGCGCAGACACAAUGACCCCGCGCACCCUCCGCCCCGCCCCCUCGGCCACCUCCCUGUCCGACUACCACGGUGUCUCAAUCGAGCAAUACAGCGCGCUAGUCACGCUCCUGCGUCGCGAACAAACAGCCCGCAGAAACUUGGAGACACAAGUCGGCGGUCUGCGCGAUGACAUUCGCGACCUGCAGCGCGCAGCUCUUGAGUCCAUGCAGCCCAUGCAGUCCACGGAGUCGCAGCAGUUCAUGCGCUUCCGUCGCGCGUUAGAUGACUCUGACACCUCUCCAGUGCCGAGGUCGGAUGAUAAGCACACCGACAUUGAGGACACCGACUCCGAUUGGGAUCGGUCGGAUAGCUAUUCUCGUGAUGAUCCAUUCGGUUCUCCGAAGUGGGAGCGUCCGCGGGUUGUGACCACUCCUAUGAUUUGA